AUGCCAAGCGAAGACCAAUUACAGAAGUUCAUCGAGUUCUGUAGGAAGAACGGUGCCAACCUUGAUGAGAGGAUAUCUUUUAAAAUCACUCGCAGCGCUGGUGUUACGGCAGUUGCUACGUCUGCUAUCCAUACUCAAGAUCCAUUGAUAUCCGUCCCAGAGAAGCUGUUAAUUACGAGAGAACUGGCCGAGAAAGAGUUCGGGGUCAACAGUGCUACGGUGUCCAGUGGUAAUUCCAAUGCACUUCUUCAAUUGUACAUCGCCAAGAUGAAAUUUGAGCCAUCGGCUAAGCCCUUCCAUAAGCCUUACUUCGAUAUACUGCCUGACACGUUAAAUCAACCAUACUUCUGGAGCUUGAAGGAACUAGAGCUCUUGAAAGGCACAGAUCUCUACCUGUUGCUGAAAGAGAACCUUCGCAGAAUCAUUAGAGAGUGGUGGAAACUACUUCAUAAACUACAAAUUGAUGCAGUGGACAAGGAAAUUUAUGAAGGAUUGGAGUCUUCGGAGGAUUUCGACGUUCUACGAUAUGUUUGCGACUACCGUGAAAAGCACCAGAGCUUCUCAUGGAAAAGCUUUGCAGGUUAUCUGUGGGCUACUGGAAUUUUCACUUCUAGGGCCUUUCCAAGGUUAGUCAUUGAUAAGGCUUGCUCGGACUUAAAUGAAGCAUUUCUGUAUCCAGUGGUGGACCUGCUCAAUCACAAGAAUGAUACUCAAGUUAAGUGGACAUUCGAGCACGAGAAGGUUUGCUUCAUAACUUCAGAAACCUUGAAGGAAGGCGAUGAAGUUUUCAACAACUAUGGAGACAAAUCAAACGAAGACCUUUUGCUAUGUUACGGAUUUCUGCAGGAAAGCAACCGAUAUGACCGUACUAGGCUCACUUUGCGGCUCGAUAGUGAAACAAUUGAACAGGCUCUAGCCAGCAACCUAGGGAUGACGAAAGAAAACGUAAUAGCUGAUGAUUGCGCUCAAUUUCUCAUUACUGCCCAGGAUCCUCUACCCAACGCAGUGGCCAACUUCUUUGGUUAUCUGUGUAAGCUGAAGUCAGAGGCGGAAGUCAGCUUGAGAAGCUUUCUGGAGGGACAGGAUGAACUGAGUUCCAUUUUAGUUCAGAAAUUAGACUUCUUCAAGGUGCGUUCGAAGUUCAGUCCAGCAGAUCGUGAAGGCUGCAACCCAGAUGUCAUUCAAAUGAUCAAGAAAUACAUGUCUUCUGAGAGGAAGCUAAUUCAAGGAAGCCUGGAAUACUUACAAAAAAGGCAGAAAGAUAUUCUGAAGAGCAAUUCAGCUUUGAUGGUCAGCUUUAAAUCAAUUUUCAAGAUGGACAGAAAAUUCGCCGAUAGUUUGUUGCUGUCUUUUGGUGUGGUGAAAUAUGAAGACCUGGUCGCUAAGAAUCGUCUGAGAGAAUCCCUGCUAUUGUGGAUCGUUCGGGCCGCCAAUAAAGAUAGCUACCCGCAAAAGUUUCAGUAUACCGUACCAGAGUUCAUUUUCGAUACAUUCCAGGAAGUCAGCGGAUCGAUCGUCAUCGAGAAGAACGAUGUGGCUGAGUUCAUGGAAUUUUACAAGAACUUGUUUCCGGGCCUGACUGAGAAAAUCCCUGAGGUGUUUGGUCCAGGUAAUUGGGGUAUAAGGCAGUUUAUCGUGGCUGACACAGUGAUGGACAGAGUGGUGUACACAAGGAAACUUACUCACGAGCCGUAUUUCAUUGUGAGGGUGCCAUUCAAGUUGUAG